AUGCGGUCCUGCUGCAUCGCACUCGUGAUCCUUGCCUUGUACGCCGCAAUCAGUGACGCAGCAACUAUACCUGGUGGAUCCAAGCGAAGCCCAUCCGGCUUCCAGCCUUCCAUUCGCUCGCUCGCGUUUAGCCGGCAUGCUCCUGUCGAGAAGGUAUUACUGAGGUCUAAUUCAGUAGUGGGCCACGAAGAGAGGGCGUUUGCGAUCCCCGGCUUGUCGAAGAUCGUUGAAUGGUUCAAGGCGCUUAUAUUAAAGAUCAAGCUUUCGUUCAGUGAGGGGAAACAGCUCAGUGCUUGGCUGAAGGAGAAGAAGACGCCGGAAGACGUCUUCAAACUGCUAAAGCUCCAUACUGGGACGGAAAAUCUCCUGGCCAACAAAAAUUUGAAGACGUGGAGUGUCUUCAUGGUGCUGUACAACAAGGAAAACCCGACGAAAAUGGUGACGAUGCUCGGGAUGCUCACAAAGACGUAUGGAGAUGAAGCCGUGGCCAAGAUGAUUGAAGCAUCGCGGGCGAACCUGAAAACAAAACCCAUCGCCAACAGGCUGCAGAAUCUGCAAUUGUCGGGCUGGGCUCAGAAUGGAUUAUCGCCAGAUAUUGUGUUCCAAAUGCUGAAGGUUGGCGAGGGAGGUGUGGACAAACUCAUGUCCAACAAAGGCUUGAACGUGUGGUUUUACUUCUUUAACCAGAUGAAUCGCUACAACCCGGACCGGCAGAUCGGUCUCAUCAAUAAGUUAUUGACAGUCUACGAUGACAUCCCGUUGGCAAAGGCCUUCGAUGCGGCAUCGAAGGUGAAGUCUACGAAAUUCAUGGGGAAAGAGCUACAGGAGGCACAGUUCAAAAAGUGGCUUGCGGACGGCAUUGAACCGUCAACUAUCUUCAAACGCCUCAACUUGGACAAGUUAAAGUGGACAACUGACCCAAAUGCAGAUGUAUAUCGCGGAUACAAGAUAUACUAUUACGCAAACGCGAAAUAGACGCAAUUCGGUAAACUCUUAUUAUGCGCGCGGCCACGCGGUCAUCGAUAUGGCGCAGCUAACAUGUAUCCAAUGUAAAGUAACGAAGCCUC